AUGCUUCAUGAACAGUAUCAUAAUGGUGUGAUCAGAAAAUGCCCACACUGUGAUAAAGAAUAUAAACAUCUGUCAACAUUCUACACUCACCUGCGUACACAUCGCAGUAAUCAUAUGUGUUCACUCUGCGGGAAAUCUUUCGUCAGUCCGUUAGGUCUACAUCAGCAUAAAAGGCUGAAGCAUGUCAUCGAACCGGAUAAUCUAGUAACGAACGGUGAAAACAAGAUACAAGAGGCGUACAGGAAACAUCUUUUGGAUUCAAACAUGCACACAAACAACCCGUCUAAAGUAAAGAAGACGUCAGUGGUUAGAAAGACAAACUUGCCAGCAGAGGCCAGCGUGGGGUGGACGAACCAAUAUACCAUAUAUCGAAACGAAAGCGUCGACUUUGAAUGCAUCACUUACUGCGAUGUAUGUAAAAUUAAAUUUGAAACGACAGAAGCUUAUGAUAUACAUCUGAUACACUCUGCUAUGCACACUGGAGAUAAAUUAUGUGAAGAUGACAUGAAAGAAAUUAAGAAAGAUAAUGUAGAUAUCGAUAUAAAAGACUGUGAAGGAAUUCAAAAUACGGAAGAACAAUGUAUUAGGAAGACGACAGUAGGAAAUACUCUAUCGGCAGUGAGAAAGUCAAAUCUCAACAUUCCGCCAUCUAAAUAUUCGAAGAAACCAUCAACAUGCCAACAUUGUGGGAAACAUUUUGAAACUAAGACGGCAUGUUUGAAGCACCAUCACGCUGAACACCGGAGGAAGCCUUUUUAUUCGUCUAAAGACAGAGUUGUAUGUGAGACUUGCGGAGCAUCGUUAGCGCCUAGCAGUGUAUCUGCUCACCUUAAUCAACACACGAGACAGAAAUUGUUCACGUGUGACACUUGCGGUAGAUCAUUCACCACUAAGAACAUAUUAAGAAAUCACAUUGCGUCACAUACGGGAGAGAGGAACCACGUUUGCAACAUUUGCGGGAAGCGUUUUGCGCAAAGCGGUAGUUUAAGUCAUCACCACAGUAUGGUGCAUCUCAAACGGCCUUAUCCGAAGAGAAACAGAAGGAUUAGAAUAGAAGUGCCGAUCUCCGACGCUGGACCGUUUGGUGACAAAGAUGAAUAUAGGGUGUGGACGCAGCAUUACUUGGAUAAUUCGACGUACUCUUCUACAUACUCGAAUUCUUAA